UUAUUGCAGUGGCCCCACCUACCCCUCCAUCCAGUCGAGGAGGCAGUCCCAAGAAGAAGAAGAAGGAGGUGGGGAGGGGUCGUAUCCCCCUGACACACAUACAUACACUCACUCCUUUCCCGGCUCAUACAUGCACUCCGCUCCAAGACCGAGCGAGAGAGAGAACGCUCCCGCGUCUGCAGGUGUCCCACCCUCUUCUUCCUUGCGGAUGCUUCAAGAUGUGUGUGUGUCCCAUGAACGGCAAGGAGCCCAGAUGGAAGGGCGCAAGGUUGAGGUCGCGCCCCACAACCCGAGCGAGCGUCAUCAUUAAAAGUGUUUGCGGCAGGGUCAAAGGUUAAAGGCAGGCAAGUGGUGACCUCGCAGAAGAAGGCCACAGUGACAUCUGACCCUUAACCGGGUGUGCUGCUCAACCCCGGAGGAUACAACUCAACAAUGGCCAGGCACGUGCCUUGGCCUGGUCACCAUGUGACCGUCAACAUGUUGUGGAUCUGCGUGGGUCUCCUCGCUGCUCUUUUCCCCGUCGUCGUCCCUCAGGAGACUCAGGAGCCUAUCUCUUACUCGUGCACUGAAGGUUAUGAGUACGACAGUGUGAGAGAGCAGUGCAAAGACAUCGACGAGUGCGCCCUGCUUGACGACGCCUGCAAAGGAGGCAUGCAGUGCAUCAACCACUUCGGCGGCUACUUGUGCCUCCCCAAGAGCGCCGUCAUCGUCAUCAGCAAGGAGGGUGAGGAGAUGCCACCCCGAGAGCCCGCCGCCCCGGUGCCGGCCGUGCCGCCCAGCCAGCCGCAGCGGCCUGCGCGGGUGUUCCCGGGCGGCCGGGUCUCUCAGACCGGCAGGAUGACGGUGCGCUGCUCCGCCGGCUUCGUGGCGGACGAGCAGAACGUCUGCAGAGACGUAGACGAGUGCGCGACAGGCCGAUACACUUGUGGGCCCGAGCAGACUUGCUUCAACACCAGGGGCUCGUACAGCUGCCAGUGUCCUGCGGGCUAUCAGAGGAACCGAGACCAAUGUGUAGACAGAGACGAGUGUGUGCUGUCCCACUACUGCAUGCACACGUGUGUGAACACUCAGGGCUCGUACUACUGCGAGUGCAAUACAGGUCACCAGUUGGCCACCAACAACCACAGCUGUGUUGAUGCCAACGAAUGCGACACACAGAAUCCAUGUCAGCACCACUGCUACAACCUGAUUGGCUCCUUCUUGUGCCAGUGCGACCAGGGCCAUGAGCUGGCCCCGGACUUGGUCUCCUGUCAAGACAUUAACGAAUGUAGCUUCUCCAGCUACAUGUGUCAGUACCAGUGCAUCAACAGUCCGGGGAGUUACUCGUGCGAGUGCCCUGAGGGAUACCAGCUGCAGGGCAACCGGUUGUGUCAAGACGUGAACGAGUGCGAGACGGGCACACACAACUGCCAAGACGAUGAGAUGUGCUGGAACUAUUACGGUGGUUUCCGCUGUUAUCCCAGAAACCCCUGCGAGGCGCCUUACACCCAAUCCUCGGAAAACCGCUGCAUCUGCCGCUCUCAGACCGAGUGCCAAGGCCUGCCGCCGUCCAUCGUCUACAAGUACAUGAGCAUCCAGGCCGAGCGGCCCGUGCCCGCCGACAUCUUCCAGAUCCAAGCCACCAGCACCUACGUCAACACGCAGAACAACUUCCGGAUCAAAGCCGGGAAUGAGGCGGGGGACUUCUUCCUCCGGCGUUCCAGCAACGUGAGCGCCAUGCUGGUGCUCACCAAGCCUCUGUCGGGCCCCAGGGAGUACGUGGUGGACCUGGAGAUGAUCACGCACCACCUGAUCAUGAACUACCACUCCAGCUCCCUGCUGAGGCUCACCAUCAUCGUCGGGGCGUACGCCUUCUAAACAUCCACCGCACGAACGCAGCCAAUGUCUGUCUCCGCGUAGCAUACUGUACAUUUCCCAUACUUUACGUUAUAAUACAUAGAAUAGGAGAGCUCGCAUACAGUAAGUGCCCACCGGGCGGCGACGAAGAAGAGGGGGGGGAAAAAGCAAGAUAUGCUCCAUGUGCAAGAAACUCCGCCGAGGUUUCAAAAUCAUCUAGAAUGGAAAUAGCUUAAAUUAAGAAUGAAGAAUACAAAAUGUAACAAUAUCCUUAGAUUUUAAAAAAAGAUACAGCCUGAUUUUAGGUGAUUACAUAUUAAACGGAGGUUUCCAUGUGAAAUUGAAAUUGCGCAUUCUGAGUCAAAUCCAAAUUAAACCUGGUUUAAACUUCCAAUUUUAUUCCAAUCAAUUUGGAGUUGAACAGAUAUAAGCCACUCCAUGUUAAAUUGAAAUUGCGCAAUCUGAAAAUAGGAAGCGGAUCCGGAUUAAACCUGGUUUGUCAUUACAAAUCUUGAUCCUUGAAAAAAUAUCAAAUUUCAUUGAAAUCACAAAACUUUACAGAUAUAAUGACAAAAAAUAUAAACACCUGAUCAUUUUAAAUAGGGUUAUCUGGAAUAGAUCCAGAUUAAAUAUGGUUUUACAAAAAUAUAAACACCUAACUUUGUUAAAUGGGAUCACCUGGAUGGGAUCCAGAUUGAUAUACAUUUGAAAUCAUGUGUAAAGCCAGUAUGAACAUGUACAAUUUUGUUCAAAUUGGAUACGAUUUGAUGGAAAGACAAACCCCAAAAGUGAAUGGAAUUAUCUGGAUUGGAUGCAGAUUAAAACAGGUUCGACAUUAUAUAUUUAAACCCUGCAUGCCGUUGUGUUCAAAUUGAAUACAAUUUGACAGAACUAUAAACCCCUGACCAUGUUAAAUGGGAUUAUUUGGAUCAGAUCCAGAUUGAAACAGGUUUGACAUGGUUCAAGCCUGUAUGAAUGUGUACAAUUUCCUUCAAUUGUUGACAGCUAUACUGCCAACGCUUGACCAUGUUGAGCGGGAUUUUCUUGAUCGAGAUUAAAAUGGGUUUCACAUCACACGUUUCAAGCCUGCAUUAAUGUACAAUUCCGUUCAGAUUUGAUACUAUUUGACAAGGUAUAAACACCUGUGGGAUUUUCAAAAUGACGUUUAAAUUAGCGUAAAUGCACCACCAGGAUCAGAUCCAGAUUUAACUUGAGUUAACAUAUUGAUAGCAAAAUGUGGUUCGAAUUUUGAUCAUAUUCUAUGAUGUCAGGAAAUAACUUACCCAUUCAUUAAAAAUCCAUGUUGAUGUAUUAAAAACUGCCUCCAAGAAAUUAUACACAAAGCAACCUGAAGCACAGUAUUUUACAAAGCUUUCAAAUGAAAGCUUCUCAUUUUUUUCUUUUGCGCCAUCAAGACGUUUGUGUACCGUUGUGCUCACGAGUUAUUUCUCAAUUUCCCGGAAAGCUUCAGAGACGAGACAUCAUGCCAGCCAGCGAGUCGCUUGCUUCAUACGCAUCAAGUCAUGUACAUAGGUAACAAAUCCGAGAGAGAAAAAGCUGCCACAAUGGGUGUCUUUAAUGUGGCCGAGCUGUUAAUACCUUUCGCCGCUAACACUUCCAACGCCAAUAACAGGAAAUGUGGACGCCAGCUAGCCGGCCUGUGGGUCACUCAACUCCACCCAGUGCUGCUUCACGCGUCACAUAGUAGCGGCUCACUAAUGCAGCACUUUUUAGCCCGCGUGCAGCACAUAUGGAGGACGUGUGUGUAGCCUUGACUUAAAAAAACUCAACAAAAAAAAAACUUAUUAACUAACUUGGUCGUCAGCCAUCGUGCCUUAAAGGGACAGGAGCAAAAAAUUCCCCCAUCACGCACAGCACUAAUCAAAUCGUUCAUGCUUUUCGUAUAUUGUUUAUAUCUAUAUAUAUAUUUUUGGGUCUCAUAUUUAAAAUAUAUUUUUUGAAAUACGUAUCUUGUAUCGAAUGUUUGUACCCGGAAGAGCAACAAGUUAUAUUGUGGAAUAAAAUGAUUUCCAAAGAA